GAUUCAAAGUUUUUUGCAAGAUUGUUUUUUUUAGAAUACGCUCUUAUGCGCGGAAAGUUUACAGUAAGCGAGCGGUGUUACGCUCUUACAUUUUACUGACUUGUGAUUCUCGGUAGUGUAAGCUUUUCUUAUUAUGGUUGAUUAACACCCCAAUUUCAGUACUCAAAAGUGUAGAUUAUGUAUGUGAUCGUUUAGGUUAUUCUGGUUUAAGACUGCUAUUAACACCUUCGAAGAUGCAGAGUGGCAACGUUAGAUGUUGCUCUCAAUAUUGAUGUAAUAGAAUAGUUUUUUAGUUAGAAAAAAAAAACAAUUUGAGAAGUUACCUAUUUCUGUACGGUUUUAGAGUUUUUGAAGCAUGAAGGGAAAAAUGGUCGAAUGGACAAAAGGUCAAAUGGAACAACAAGUCGAAUGGGACAAAAGGUCGAGUAAACAAAAAUUUUAGUAGACCAAUUUACCAGCUGGUAUGUCUCGCUUAUUGAGAGUAACUUUGUAGUGAAUUUCAGGCACUAACAUUUCUGUAGGAAUUUUUUCCUUCUUUUGAUUAUAGGCUGUUCUUUCAAGUUGUGAUGUGUAGUAUUUAUUCAAUGACAAUUUAGUUUAAUUUUUUGUUCAGGAAUUUUUCCUUCUUAAAUUUAUAGGCUGAUCUUUCUAACUGUACUGCAGAAAUAUUCAUUGAAAUAUUUUGCAUGAGUUAUUAAUUUAGAUGUUAGUUGACCAAUUUAUCAUUUAAUUGUUUAAAAUAGUAGUUUACGCAACAAGGUGCAGAAUGAAGAUUUUUACAGCACGAGUUGUACACUUAUCCAACGAGGCUUGCCGAGUUGGAUAAGUACGACGAGUGCUGUAAAAAUCGAGUUCUGCACCGAGAUGCGUACAACGUUUUUUGCAAUUUCAUAAAUUACCACUUGAGGAUAGUUUUUAACAAAACUUUUACAUCAAACUGCACACUGAUGUUCAUAGCCAUGUUUAAGAAAGUCUAAUCAUAGCAGGAUAUACUGUGCAGUUGUCUCAAUUUUUCAAACCUGCGUCCAGAAAGCAUCAAGAAGUUGAUCAAAACUGAAAACAGUGCUGUAAUGGUUCAUUACGCAACGCAAAUCAGUGGUGUAAUGAACCAUUACAGCACUGAUAAUUUAGUGUGGGAAAGUAGGCCUUUUCCUGUCAGAUUUGCGUGAGCUAAAACAGCCUAUUACGAUGAGAAAUUGCAAAAAAUAUAUUUCCAUACUUAAUGGCUUGCAGUCAAAAAAGCCCAAAAUUGCAUAUUUUGCCCUAUAAAUUGCGGUAAAGCUCAAAGUUGUGACGUGCUGGAGCAAAUCUAAGUCCAGAUUCAGAUUCAGCGGCCCAAAAUCUGUCAGAGACACAUAAGUUUGCUCUUGAGACAAAAAAAUGUUGCGCUGUGUAAUUUUAUUAAUUUUAUAUAACUGAUUAAAUUUUUAUUACACGCUGAGAUACAUUAUAACAUAACAUUGACAUUAUGAAGAUAUUGGUAAAUUUAUUGUGAAAAGUGCCGAAAAUAGGACCGCACAAACUUUUUAUUUUUAUUGUUUUGACGUAGAGAUGUUUGAUCCAGAAUUAUUUGUCACGUCUAGAAGUGUUCGUACAAACAAGUUUCUAACGAAGAUUUUACAAAUACAUAGUCCCAAAUUGAGAUUUUGUUCAUAAAAUACUGAAAUUAUUGGGGGUUGCGCAUAAUGAAACCCAGCAUAUCGCAAAAAUAUACAUAAAAAUUUAAAAAAAAUAUUUUUUUACUACUUUUGCAUCUUAAUUGUAAAAUCUGGUUUCUUAUGAAUAACAACAAGAAAUGAAAAUAGGCUCCUGGCAAUAUCAAGUCUUCACUGUAUCUAGCAAUUUUCAUUCUCUUCCUUUGCCAAAUUAAGUCCGGCCAGCAACGAAAAAAAAACUCUCUUUACCGUUUGCAUGAUUAGAAUAAAUUCACUUCCAAUCCAUCCUUACCAGACGCAAACAGAAGUCACAUGCUGUGAAUGGAACUGACGAAGCAUAUAGAAAACCGUUUAGCGAUUUUCUCUUUGAUACCAAAGGCCAACGUUAUCCUUAGUACAGACAAAAGCCAGUGAAAUGGCAAGAUAGUAUAUUACAUAUUAUCCUGUUGUCACAUAAAGCACGUUGGAUGAUUGUACUUUAAAAGUGUCCGGUAUAUAAAGAUGAAGGUUGUAUGUGUGUACAUACGCUUCAUUAUCAAUGUUUUGUGCUGCGCAAAACAUCACCGUAAUCCAAAACCUAUGUGUUCGCUUAUUUAUAAAUCAACCGCCUUCAAAUUCACAUCUCACCGCCAAACAAGAUUGAUGUGAGAAAAGUGAACCAUUUUCAGUAAUCGGAAACCACGAGUGAUAACGCAAAGGUGAAAAUAUAAUAGUUAAACGUUUGAUCAGCACCCAAACAUAAACCGCCGUUGCGAUUGAGCCGUAGGCUGGACAUUGAAUUAAAGUGCCAUCGAAAACAGUUCUAUGUGGUAACGACGGUUCGAAUAAUAUUUCAGACUUACCUAAGCCAACCAUCUAUUGUUUCAAACUAGUUAUUGAUCCACAAUGUCACACGCAGUUUUAAAAAGAAAAAGUAAUGAAGCAUCGCAUUACAAUCGAAGUUAUGGAGAAAACGCUUACAAUUAUGAAGUUAUGUCAUACACACAUUCGAGUUCUACAAGUGAAAAUGAAAUAUUUGAAAACGAUACGUGGUAUGGUACGAAUAAUAGUAACUGGAGCACUCCUUUGCCCAUUGAUAUGCAAUUCAACGAUGGACACAGACUGCAGAUAGCUGUUUAUAGCGUAUUGAUGAUCAUUUCUGCCAUAGGAAACAUAACAGUGUUGGCGCUUCUUAUCAAAAGACGGCUCAAAUCACAUUCUCGAAUAGAUAUGAUGUUAACCCAUUUAGCUAUAGCAGAUUUAUUGGUAACAUUUCUAAUGAUGCCACUGGAAAUUGGGUGGGCGGCCACUGUUCAGUGGAGGGCAGGCGAUAUCAUGUGUCGGGUGAUGGCAUUUUUCCGCACAUUUGGAUUACAUUUAUCAAGCUUCGUACUCGUCUGCAUAUCCGUAGACAGGUAUUAUGCUGUAUUGCAGCCACUGAAUCUUUCGAAAAGCAGAGGAAAAAUAAUGAUUGUCAUAGCAUGGGCAAUGGCCAUUUUAUGUAGUGCACCUCAGCCAUUCAUUUUUCACGUUGAAGUACAUCCAAAUCACACGUGGUAUGAGCAAUGCGUGACAUACAAUACUUUCUCGAACGACAACUACCAUACAGUCUACAAUAUUCUAGUAAUGAUGUUCAUGUAUGCAUUGCCGUUAUUAACUAUCAUUUGUUCAUAUGCGUCAAUCUAUAUGGAAAUCUUCAGACACAGUCGGAUGCCAAACUCAGGUGAAGGCUUUCGGCGGUCAAGCAUUGAUGUUUUAGGUCGCGCAAAGCGAAGAACAUUGAAAAUGACCAUUACUAUUGUCAUGGCGUUUGUCAUUUGUUGGACACCGUACUACGUUAUGUCUAUAUGGUAUUGGCUGGACCAAAAAUCAGCAGAAAACGUUGAUCAACGUGUACAAAAGGGACUAUUUCUUUUUGCCUGUACCAACAGCUGCAUGAAUCCAAUAGUUUACGGCAUAUAUAACGUGAAGUUACGCAAGAAGAAAAAAACACACUCAGGCAUUCAAAUGGUCAAGCUAGAAAUCAUUCACAGAAGAAAUAGCUGCGUCCAGAGCAUGGACGGUGUAAAGGCAGGCCAAUCUUCCGUUAUUCUAAGAAAUUCUGCGAAAUAUACCAGACAUUCAGAAUCCAUCCGAUCUUCAUCAGGUAAAAUUCGUUGCUGCAGAGAUCUUGAUAUAACAUCACGUGCAAUCAAACCAGUCUAAAACCAAAGGAUAAAAAAAAACAUACUAUUUGGAGAGUACUAUUUCCAAACAUGUGGAACAUUUUGCGUGAUACUUAAUUUCCCAUUACCAGUAUAAAGCAAAGAAUAGAACAUAAUUAAAAUGUAAUUUGAUUGCUCUGCAAUAAGAUAUUCAUAGUAUAAAAUCCUAAAUGAAAUUUAAAAAUCAAAUAUGGCGGAAACGCUAUUGUUGAUCCUAUUAAAAACUGAAAAAGCAAUAACUCCAGCGAAAAAAAAAGAUAUGCACACAAAACUGCCCAAACAUAUAGAGAUUUUGAAGAUAAAAAAACAUUUACGAUCAUUACUUGGGCUGCAUCCUUUUUUUUUUUUUCUUUCAAAACAAGCAUUUGACGUAAAUAACAUAAAAAUUGUACACUACAAUCAAUCCUCCAUGAGCCGAAAUUGAAGGAUCCAUCGACUCAUGGAAAUAUCGAGUAAUAUAAUUCGCCUUGACAGAACUCUGACCUGCCAUCUAGGAAAAGUUUCCCGUGUGGGUGGAGCGUAGCUGGCGAAGUACAGUCAUAGCACAAUCAUGGGUCACCCACAAUUAUGAAUUCCAUUUGAAUAGCAUGGAGAACUGAUUGACUAAUAAUUGUGACAGAGUGAUCCAUAAUUGUGCAAUGACUGUAUAGGGAAAAAAGUUCAAAAUGCUUCUGAAAAAUUAACGAUAAUUUUUAUUGAAAUGAGGAAUAAUGUACGAGAUAAGAGGUUUGAAAAACUACAAUAUCAGUAAUUAAUGUAGAACACAAAUCCAAUUUAUGUGGAGCGGACCUGGUGUGAUGGUAAGAAGGUAAGAGAGGUAUCAUGCCGAAUAUCUGGGAUCGAAUCCCACUCCCGAGAAACACACAAAAUGUAAGUCCUUCCUUCGGAAGGGAAGUAAAGCGUGGAUCCCGGGCCUAGGGCUAAAAAUCUCGUUAAUAAAGAUAAAAAAAAAUCAAUUUAUAUUUAUUUUGUAGCUAAUCAAUAGUCUAGCCUUGCACAUUAACCCGCAUUGCAAUAAAAACUAUCGUAAUUUUUUUAGAAGCAUUUUAAACUCUUUUUUCUUUACUCCGCCAUUAUAGUAUACGCUUCACGCACCUGGCAAACUUUUCCUAGAAGGCAGGUCAGAGCUCUGUCAAGGUGAAUGGAAUAUCUUUGGGAAGCCGUUUGAAGGGAUCAUCAUAGCAAAAUUAUUAGUCGGUGUGGGGUAAAUUGGCUCCAUGAGUCGAUAUUGACCGAGUCAACGAGCAUCGAAUCAUGAAGGUUCAACGAUAACUCAAUCUUCUAUUAUAAUCAACAUAUCAACUUCUAAUACCACCUUUUUAAACUGUGAAACAUUGCCCAAGCCAAUAUCAAAUAGAAGCGUUAGUGGAAAAAUAACAAAAAAAACAAACCUUAAAGACUUGAAAGGAUUGCAUAAUCGAUGUAGUGAUUUUUUUAUCCGAAAUCAAUGAUAUAUAUAUAUAUAUAUAUAUAUAUAUAACAUGUGUAACUUUGGCAACAUAAACAUUUAGCCGGGGCCCGUGGCGUAGUGGCUACACGUUCGCUUCAUAAGCGGAUGGUCAUGGGUUCGAUCCCAGCCCCGGCACUUCGUCAGUUGCUCUUCCCCCCGAGAGCGGCUGACACUUGACCUUCUUCUGAGCUCUCCAUAGCUCAAACGGACCCGGAUAAUUGGAUAUCGGCGAACGGCAACCCAUAAUGGACGACCCCCAAUCGGACUAGAAAAGGAACAGCAGCCACACAUCAUUUCAUCAUCGUGCUCAUCAUUCUACCAAGGACAGGGUUGAAAAGUGAAUGCAGCACAAAGGCUUACCAGUUCGAUAUAGUAGAAUAAGAAUAUAAUAGAAUACAUUUAGGCUUUGUACAAAGUGUAAGUGCAGCCGUCAAUUGGAAUCGCUCACGUAGUGCCCUAGUCAGGGUGAAAAAUUUUCAUAGUCAUUGACUGAAAACAGCACGAAAUUGAACGAUUCUGCACUGAAUAUUCAAAACAAACAAAUUCAUUUUCGCUCUCCUUCUUCACACAGUCAGUUAAUUCGUAGUCAUUGAAUAUGAAACCGAUCGAGAAACAUCUUCAUAAUUACUUACGUUUAUGGCUACGAUUCCUUCCAAAAACACUCCACAACAAUCAAAUCGGACAAGAUCGGUGUAAAGCACUGUUAAAUGUAAUCGAGACGUCAAUAUUUUAUCAGCAAUUUAACACUUUGUAAGAUGUUUACAAAUAUUCAUUGACUUUCAUUCAGUUGACGAACGAGUAUCGAGCAGCUGAAUAUGAAUAUGCAGGCAAGUGAAUAAAAAUUGCCGCACGGUGAACAUCAGCUCGUCUGCUCGAAAAUUUUGCGCCCUGGCCCUAGUAGACAAAAGAACUGUAAAAUAGGUUAAGUGGUUAAGAAUAAAAAAUACAUAAACAUUUC